UCUGUGAAAAGGACAAGCCAACGCCUAACAGGCAACUUCAAUGCUUGAUGUCCGAAUGUCAAAUCCAUCAUACACCAGUGCCGCGAUAAGAUAGCAUUCACGUGACCACAAUCCGUUUCAAACAAAGUUUGGCCGACCGUCAAUCCUCACUUCUCGCACACCAUGGCUGCCCCGCCAAAUGUGAGAACUUACGCCAAAAUAACAGGCACCCCCGACUAUGAUGAUCCGACCUUCUGGGAUACGAAGUUUGCCACUGGUCGGGAUGUCGGGGAGUGGCUGAAUUCGGGAGAAAUGCUCAUCGAUGCGGUAGUAUCUCACCUGGAGAGCCGCUCGGCAACGAACCCAAGAGUGCUCCAUCUGGGGCCAGGCAUCUCGAAGCUGGGAGUUAAACUUUGCGAUGAAUUCAUUAAGCGCAACUGGGCCGGAAAUGGCAUCGUGAACGUGGACUUUUCCGCCGAAGCCGUUCGCCUUGGGCAAGAGACCGAGAGCAAAAGGAAUCCAUCACAUGCGAUGGGCUGGGUGCAAGCUAACUUGCGGUCUUGGGCUGAUGUCUCUAGAUUAGCUCCUUCCUCGCCCUUCGACGUCAUUCUCGACAAAAGCACAAGCGAUGCGAUUGCAACAUCUACGCCCGUUACCUUCCCUUUACCCUCCGACGCAUCGAGUACAUGCCCGACGGUACAAGAGAUUGUGGAUAAACAUGGAGCGAUAGAGUUGUCUCCUGUGGAGCUAUUGGGUCUACACCUCGCACCCCUCGUGCAGAAAGGGGCCCUCUGGGUCACUCUAUCCUACUCGACCAUGCGCUUCGAUAAUUUGUCUCAUAUGGCCCAACACUGGACUGUCGUUUCCCGGACGCCUUUCAAAGCACCCCAAGGAGAGACUUCAUCAUUUGCUUACGCGCCUGAGGUUUUCCACUGGAUGUAUAUCCUCCAACGGAAGUGAGAUCCACCCCACUCCAUAUGAUUUGCGACUAUAAAUAGCCCGGAUUACUGGAUAGUGGCACAAUAGCCAUCCGACAAUGGAAUCGGUUACCUACCACACGGAGCCAUCAAUAACGCCAGUGCGUGACGGAUGAUACUGGACGCGAAGGAGUCCUGGUAUUCACAGUAAGUCAGGUGUUCACCGCUGAGCUCCUUUAUGUCACCUUUAGGCGAU